CAGAGAGUUGCCGAGCGGGAUGUUGCAGACUUGGACAUAUUUGAUGCGCUUUCGCUGUGGCUGAGUGACCAAAGCCGCGCCCAUCACACAGCAAAGCUGUGUGGCAAGCCCAAUACCUCCAUACACGGUCUACAAGUCCAGGGAAUCCACCACCUCUACCCCGAGCUCCAGCCUGAAUCGUAGAUCGCGUCGGCCGACCAUCCACGCUGCCAUUUCACCCAUAUUCCUUGCUUCCGAACUAUCGUGCCUGCUAGAUCGACAUGCCCGACGGUUAUGACUAUCUGUUCAAGCUCUUGCUUAUUGGGGAUUCUGGUGUCGGGAAGUCAUGUCUGCUAUUACGGUUCGCGGAGGACAACUUUACGGACAGCUACUUGAGUACGAUCGGUGUGGACUUCAAGAUCCGCACCAUUGAGCUGGAGGGGAAGACGGUGAAGCUACAAAUUUGGGACACAGCAGGCCAAGAACGGUUCCGUACAAUUGCAGCUGCAUAUUACAGAGGAGCGCAUGGCAUCGUAGUUGUGUACGAUGUGACGGACCCCGAGUCAUUUGAGAACGUCAAGAGCUGGCUAACGGAGAUCGAGCGGUACGCAUCAGAAACCGUCAAGAGGCUCCUUAUUGGCAACAAGUCUGACUUGGUGGAGAAGAAGGCCGUCGAGUAUAACACGGCACAGGAGUUUGCAAAUCAGAUUCAGAUACCAUUCCUCGAAACGUCCGCCAAGACCGCCGCAAACGUCGAGGAGGCAUUCAUUGUCAUGUCAAGACAGAUCAAAGACAGUGUCGACUCCGCCCCUCCAGCCCCGGCAAACGGUUCAAAGGCUGGUACCGUCACUCCGGGCAAGAGUCUUGACGGCCAAAACGCUUCGGGGUGUAACUGCUGAGCAGGCUCUGCGUUUCACAUACACUGCCACGACGUCCGGCCUUAUGCCACGACUCUACUCUGUUUCAAUCUCACGGAUCCGAUAUUUAUUCUUGCAAUCUACGGUAUAUAGCUCUCCAUUGCCAACGAAUGGAC